UGCGCAUGUGCAGACCCGGAUCCGCCGCCUCAGGCCACGUUGCCUGACUUGAACCGGAGGGGAUCUCUAAGCCUUCCGGUCUACGCGGAACCCCAGGUUAUACGGUUGGGGAGAGAGCGCUGGUGACCUGCUGGUACUGGUAAACCUGUGUCUGCGGGACGGGGAGAGAUGGUCACGGGAACUCCCAGGCGGCUCACCCCUCUUCCCGAGCCCUUUGGGCUCCGGAGGCGCUGGUGGGACCGAGGCCGUCAGGAGAAGGUGCUUGGUGCGGCCGGGCGUGCAGGACGGUGUGCCUGCCCAGCCUGCAGCCGCAUUGGAGAAAGGCCAAUGCCGGUGUCGGGAGGGGCUUGUGCAUUUAUAAGGCCGACUGCGAAUGUGCCUUAAACCGGGAGCAGUGAAUAUGCGGGGUCUGGGAGUUUUGAGACCAGAAGUAAACAAAAAACAAACCAGUUGCGAUGGAGUGGACUCCGAAUUGAUGGCAACCCCAUGUGUGUCAGAGUAGAACCGUGCUCCACAGGGUUUUCAGCGGCAAACUUUUCAGAAGUGGAUUGCGAAGGCUUUCUUUCGAGGUACCUCUGGGUGGGCUGAACCUCCAAUAUUUUGGUUAUAAGCCAAGUGGUUAACUGAGCCAGAAAAAAAAAAAGAAAUAUGUUUUUUUUUUUUUUCUGGAGACCAGGUAAAUUCCAGCUCUGUCACCUGUAAGCAAGGGCUAGAUAGUAACCUGGGUAAGAGGCCACUCGUUUGCAAAUGAGGAUAUUAAUUGUAACUGCUGCUAUUCUGAGAAAUAAAUUGACAUGAUAAAACAUUUUGUCAAGUGCCUGCAGUAAUCACCAUGUAAAUGUAAGCGUUAUCGACUAAGAGACACUUUGUUCCUUUCAGUUGGUAUCUCAUUUAAUCCUCACAGCAAUCCUAUUUGUUAUAAACCUGCCAUUAAAAAAAAAAAAGUUCCAGAGGGUAAAAUUAUAUAUCACAGGUCACAAAAGAAUGGGUGAGGGAACUAGAAUGAAAAUACCGUUUUGCUUCACUUCCAGUCUCCUGCUGUUCUUAAUAGUCUACCUGUUUAAACCCCAGAGUUGCCACUUUCAGAGCACUAGCAGAGUGUCCUGGCCCAAAUCCUCAGAGAUAUGAUUGUCAAGGGAAUAUGGACAGAAUCUCACCAUGUGGUAAAUAUAUUCUGGGAUUUUGGGGGUUUCUCCAGAGCCGCGAGAUCAGAUUGAGGCUCUUGAAUCUUCCUGCACUGUCCAGGCUCUCUGUCCUCAAAGGCACGUUCUGAUACGCUAGUGCAGUGCUGUCCGAUUGAAAGGUCAUGUAAAGCACCAAUGUAAUUUAUCAGCUUUUGACGUGUGGUUAGUUGCAGUUGAGUCAGCUCUGACUCAUGGUGACCUUAUGUAUAACAGAAUGAAAUGUUGACCUGUCCUGUGCCAUGUUUAUGACCGCUGGAAUGUUUGAGUCCGUUUUUUUGUGGCUAUUGUGUUACUCUCACGAAGGGUUUCCCUUGUCUUCGCUGACCCUCUUUUUAAGUAAACAUGUCGUCCCUUUCUAGUGAUUUUUCUUUCCUAAUGACCAAAGUAAGCAAGUGGAAGUUUUGCCAUCCUUGCUUCUAAGGAGCAGUCUGAUUGUACUUCUUCUGACUGAUAGGUUUGUUCUUCUGGCAGUCCACGGUCACAGUAUAGUCAAUAUUUUUCACCACCGGAAAGUGGGUGAAGUUAAUUUUACUGAUGUAUUUUAUUUAAGUCAGUACAUCUAAAAUAUUAUUUCAGCUUGUGGCCCUAGCUACAUUUUAGGGGCUCAGUAGUUUCAUGUGGCUGAGGGCUACAUUACUGAAUGGCACAGUUCGACUGAAUUCCAAAAGAGUUCAGGGUCUUAAACGAAGGUUUCAAAUAAGAUGAAUUUGUUUCCCGGGUCCAAGUCACAGCCCCUGUGGAACAAAGCAGCUCUUUUAUGGGGAGCCCCAGGGACAGAGCUCCCACCGGGUAGAAUACCCUUUUGACAUAGAAUCCUCAUGAAAGCUACAGAGCAGAGAUAGAAGAACCCAGGAAGGAGCAGGUCCUGAUUCGGUUCACCAGAAGACAUUCUGUUUUUACUCUAAAUUUUAUUUAAUUGUGUUGUUGUUAUUAAAAAUAUUCACAGCAAAACAUACAUCAGUUGAACAAUUUCUACAUGUACAAUUCAGUGACACUGAUUACAUUCUCUGAGCUGUACAACCAUUCUCACCCUCCUUUUCUGAGUUGUUCCUCCCUUGUUAACAUAAACUCACUGCCCCUCAAGGUUCCUAUCUAAUCUUUUGAGUUGCUGUUUUCGAUUUGGUCCCAUAAAGAUAGUUCUUAAGAGAGCAUAAUGUUGAAGGAAGACCUUUUUUGCUCCUUAAGCUACACUCUUUAAGGUGACUUCAGGGUAUAACUUUGGUUUAAGGUUUAAAGAUUAUCUCAGAGCAGUAGUUUCUUGGGUUCAUCUACCCUCUGUGGCUCCAGAAAGUCUAGCAUAUAUGAGAAUUUGAAAUUUUGUGCAGCACUUUCCCCCUUUUGAUCAGGUUCUUCUACAGAAUCUUUGAUCAAAAUGUAGAGUGAUGGUAGCUGGACACCAUCCAGUUCUUCUCGUCUCAUGGCAAAGGAGGCAGUUGUUCAUGGAGGCAAUUAGCCACACCUUCCAUAUGCUCCUCCUAGUCCUGACUCCCCGCUUCAUGUGUUGCUGCAGGUGAAUAGAGACCAGUUGUUGUGCCUUGGAUGGCUGCUUGCAAGCUUUUAAGACCCCAGGCACUAUGCAGUGAAUUUGGAGGUAAAAGAGAAGCACGAAACAUUAGGCCAAUUAACUGGAACGUCCCAUGAAACCCCAUAGCCCUAAACCUCCAAACCAAGGAACCAACUCUCAUGUAUUUGGUUGUACAUAAGCAGCCUCAGCAGCUACCCUUUUUUUGUCAUUGUUGUAAAUAUAGCUAUCACACAACUUUUGCCAAUUCAACUUUUUGCAGGUAUACAACUUGUUGAUAGCAAGUGUGAUAAUCAGCUGUGCAGCCCUACCCUUCUUAAUCAAUGCAGUAUUUCCAUCACCGUUAACCCCUCUUUUCCUCCUCCCUUCCACCCCAGGAAACCACUAAUAAACUUUGGUCCCUAUACAUUUGCCUUUCCUUGUCUUUGUAUGUAAGCGAGGUCAUGCGAUAUUUGUCCUUUUGUGAUUGGUUUAUUUCACUCAGCAUAAUGUCUUGAAACUGCCAUCCAUACCGUAGAUGUAUCAAGACUUCAAUACCCCUACUGACUGAGUAGUGUUCCAUUGUACGUAUGUACCACAUUUCGUUUAUCGGUUCAUCUGUUGCUGGGCAUUUAGGUUGUUUCCACCUUUUGGCUAUUGUGAAUAGUGCUGUAGUGAACAAUUCUGUACAAGUCUCUUUUUGAGUCUCUACUUUCAGAUCUUUUGGGUAUGUAGCUAGGAGUGGAAGUGCUGGGUCAUAUGGUAGCUCUAUUCUUAGUUUUUUGGGGGAACCGCCACUUUGUUUUCCACAGCAGCUGUACCAUUUUGCAUUGCCGCCAUCAAUGGAUAAGGGUUCCAGUUUCCCCACGCAGAAGCCAUUCUUGAUCCCCUUGCAUAGUAUGAGUCUGACUUGAUGAUGUUACUACAUUCAGAAACCAGCACAGAUUGUGUGGUAGUGGACACUGGACCAACUUGCAGAAGGUUGACCUGAGGUUAAGAGGGAUGGGUGACUGUCAGGCAACACAGGAAAAGCCACUUCACUGGAGAGGUGGUAAGGGCAUGAUCUCCAGGGAAGGCAGAAUCCGCCAGAGAUGAUGAAAUCCUAAGCAGCCCCCAUUGUCUUCCUUCUCUCUUUGGCUUCUGAGCUGCCCUCAUACCACGUCCAUCACCAUAUGUGGCAUUUGGAGAGAUCCUGGUGCUCCCUCUUUUCUGAGUAUAUAGAAGGAUAAAAUGAUAGCACUGGAAGAGUUUCCUAUGUUGGAAGCUGAGAAAUAUUGGGCUUCAGAUGAAUGACCUAUAGAGUUCCCCAGGGCAGAGUUAGGAACAAAGCAUAGUGCUUUUCGCUGACACAGGUGAAUUUCCUAAGUAUCUUAUCGAAAGGUUGUUUUGAGGAAACUGCAACCAAUUUAGAACAAAAAGGUAAAAAAUACAGUCAGUACAUAAAGUACCUCAUCUAUAUUUCAGAGUUUCUGUUUUGUGGCUUCUGUAACUCAAGGUGUAAAGACAAACUUAAUAGGAACUUGAUGAACAGUCCGGCCUGAGUAGUUUUUCAACAUUAGUUUUAAUGAAGGUAGGGGGUUUCAUCUUCAGUGUACCCAAAUUUGUUUAACCUACCCUCUGUUUUUUUUUUUUUUCUUUAAUUGGAAGGGUAUAUAAGUUGCUAAUACAUCAGUAGAAAACAGUUUACCUUCGCCCAUGGAAAAUGCCAGGUUAAGUCCACAUGAUCAUGUCUGAGAUCCAUGUGUUCUGGUGGUGCUACUUCUGUGUGGUACUUUUAGCCUCUACUCAAGGGUUAACGGGAAAUCCUCCCAUAGGAAGGCUUUUCCUCCCGCUGCUGUGAUGAGAUCCUGAAGCUGUCAGUGUAGCAGCUGUAAGACAGAUCAGGUCUCUCCUGACCCCAUUCCUCUUUCCUUCCUAGCUGAAGCUUCACAGUUUUCUACCCUCUUCUAGGAGAGCAGAAAAUGAGUGUAUCUCAGCAGUAAACAUGAUACAAGUUUCCAAAAGCAUUUUCCAUGUCACCUGAUUCUGGACUCCUCAGAUUGAUCAGAGAUGUGCUGUUACAGGCUUCAGUGUCAUUCAAGGACGUGGCUGUGGAGCUGACCCAGGAGGAGUGGCAGCACAUGGGCCCCGCUCAGAGGACCCUGUACAGAGACGUGAUGCUGGAGAACUACAGCCACCUCGUCUCAGUGGGGUAUUGCCUUACCAAACCCGAGGUGAUCUUUCAGUUGGAGCAGGGAGAAGACCCCUGGUCCUCAGAGGAAAAAUUUCCAAACCAGAGCCACCCAGGGUAUUGCAAGGUUAAUGUCCACAUUAAGGAGAAUCAUCAAAAAAAAAAGAAACAUCAGGGGCAAUUAAUCUUCAUCAGUGACAAAACAUUGAAUAAAGAAGGACAGAAAGUUUUACAAAAACCAUUUAAUUUCAACAUAGCUCCACUUUUUUCAGGAAAAAUACCCUGUAAAGGACUUAUAAUACCUCAGAAAUCACAAAUUGAGGAUAAAUGCUGUAAAUAUAAUGAAUGUACAAGUGCUGUCUACCAGAAACUAGACCCACCACUACAUCAGGGAAAUCAUACAGAAGAGAACUCCUGCAAAUGUGGUGAAUAUGGGAAAUCAUUUUGUCAGAACACAGCCCUCGAUGUAUAUCAGCAAAGUGACACAGGAGAGAAGUCAUUUAAAUGUAAUGAAAGCAGGAAAUCCUUCUACCAGGAAGUACACCUCAUUCAGGAGCAGAGAACCCACUCAGGGGAGAAACCUUAUGAAUGUGAGAAAUCCCUUUGGUCAGAGUCACACCCUGUUCAACAUCCUGGAAUUCAUGUGGUGAAGCUCAAUAAAUGGAGUGAAGGCGGGAGAAAUUUCUGUCGGAAGUCAGACCUCAGUGAACAUCUGAGAAUGCACACAAAGGAAAAACAUGAUUUAUACAGUGAAUGUGGGAAAUCUUAUAAGAAGUCAGCUCUCAAGAUACACCAUAGAACGCACACAGAGAUGAAACUCUAUCAAGGUAGAGAAUGUGGGAAAAUAUUUGCCAAGACAUCACAUUUCAGAGAAUAUCAGAGAGUUCACACAGGGGAAAAACCCUAUGAAUGUGAUAAAUGUGGGAAAACUUUCUCUCAAAAGACACACCUCAUUGUACAUCAGAGAGUUCAUACAGGGGAGAAACCCUAUGAAUGUAAUGAAUGUGGGAAAACAUUCGCUGAUAAUUCAACCCUCAGAGCACAUCAGAAAAUUCACACAGGAGAAAAACCUUAUGAAUGUAAUGAAUGUGGCAAAACCUUCUCUCACAAGACACAGCUCAUUGCACAUCACAGAGUUCAUACAGGAAAGAAACCCUAUCAAUGUAAUGAAUGUGCAAAAACAUUUGCUGAUUAUUCAGCACUCAGAGCACAUCAUAGAAUUCACACAGGGGAGAGACCCUAUGAAUGUAACGAAUGUGGGAAAGCUUUUGCCCAAAAUUCAACUCUCAGGGUACACCAGAGAAUUCACACAGGAGAGAAACCCUAUAAUUGUAAUGUCUGUGGGAGAUAUUUUGCCCAUAGUUCAGCCCUCAGAGUACAUAAGAGGAUUCACACAGGUGAGAAACCAUAUGAAUGUAAUGACUGUGAGAAAACUUUUUCCCAUAAUUCAGCCCUCAGAGCACAUCAGAAAAUGCACACCGGGGAGAAACUCUAUCAGUGUAAUAAAUGUGGGAAAACUUUUUCCCAGAAGACACACCUCAAUACCCAUUAUAGAAUUCACACAGGGGAGAAACCCUACGAAUGUAAUGAAUGUGGGAAAACUUUCUCUCAGAAAUCAUACCUCAGUGGACAUGAGAGAAUUCAUACAGGGGAAAAACACUAUGAAUGUAGUGAAUGUGGGAAAACUUUUGUCUAUAAAGCAACCCUCAUAGUGCAUCAAAGGAUUCACACAGGUGAGAAACCCUAUGGAUGUAAUGAGUGUGGGAGAACUUUCUCUCAAAGGACACACCUCUGUGCACAUCAGAGAAUUCACACAGGAGAAAAACCUUAUGGAUGUAGUGAAUGUGGGAAAACCUUCGCUGACAAUUCAGCCCUCAGAGCACAUCAGAGAACUCACACAGGGGAGAAACCUUAUGAAUGCAGUGAAUGUGGGAAAACUUUCUCAAAGACAUCACACCUUACAGCACAUCUGAGAAUUCGCACAGGGGAGAAACCCUAUAAAUGUAAUGAAUGUGGGAAAACUUUCUCCCAGAAGUCAUACAUUAGUGCACAUCAGAGAAUUCAUACAGGGGAAAAACCGUAUGAAUGUAAUAUAUGUGGAAAACCUUUUGGCCAUAAUUCAGCCCUCAGAGUACAUCAGAGAAUUCACACAGGAGUGAAAUCCUAUGCAUGUAAUCAGUGUGGGAAAACUUUUUCCCAGAAGUCAAACCUUGGUGCGCACCUGAGAAUUCACACAGGGGAGAAACCCUAUGAAUGUAAUGAAUGUGGGAAAGCUUUUGCCCAAAAUUCAACUCUCAGAGUACACCAGAAAAUUCACACAGGAGAAAAACCGUAUGAAUGUAGUGAAUGUGGGAAAACUUUUGUCCAGAAGGCGGCUCUUAGAAUACAUCACACCAGAAUUCACACCAGAGAGAAAACGCUUACAUGUCAUGAACUUGGGGAAGGUCUUAUGAAGGAAGUUCUUCCUUAUUAGAUAACUCACACAGUGGAGAAAUCCAUGUUACAUAGACUGGGAAAUAGUCCCUUUAACCAUUUUUCUUUCCAUUAGACAAAUAACUUGUCUUAAUUUCCCAAUUCGUUGUUCACUGAAGUCAGGCUGGUCAUGAAAUGUGAAUACUACUUGUGUAUAUUACGCUCCACACUGGCCCUUAAAAAAUUACCUCACAUUCAUACUGGCCUCUAUUAAACUGUAAUGGGGAUGAUUUCUACCACAAACAUGGGUGUGUGUAUUUAACAUGAUGGGGCAAAAGGCAAAAGAAGCUAAAGCCUCUUAGCUGGGUAGAACAGAAUUCUCUACUUCUAGACCUUCACCAGGUGGCUCCCCCAUUCCCCCCACCCCCAGGAAGAUUUAAGCUUGUAUUCUGUCAAGAUCUUACAAGUUUUAGUCUCUUUGUCAGAUGUUCAAAGCUUAGUCAACUCUCUGAUAAAGUAGGAUGAAACUCUCUGAGUAUAAUGAACGUGUGAAGAUUUGUGAGAACUGAACCAGUCAUAGUAUAUCAGAAACUCCACACAGGGAAGUCAACAUCCUGAAAGAUAAGAAGCCUUUGUUGAAAAUCGGAAAUCUUAGGGGAAAACAAGAAAGCGUUAUUUACCAUAAAGUGAAUCCCAUUGAACAUCACAUAACUAAGAUUAUUCUAAAAUCUUAUAAAUAUUUUGAAUACAUGUCAUUUUAAAUAUCGGAAGUUUGUUUUACGUCAGAUAAGUUUUUCUGAGGAAGUGUAUCAGUUUCAGAAUUGUAGAUAAAAUGUUCACUUGAAACUGGUAUACCGAAACUCAUGUUUGGUUUGUAAUAUUAUAAAGUUUUAUAGAAAAUGUAUAAUGAAAAGUUUAUGGGCAAGCUCACUGAGGAAUGUGCAGUUUUUAAAUGGAGGAAUAGCUUGAGUUCUGUGUUUCUGAACUGUAUCUGAGCUGUGUUGUGCCUCUCUCUGAGUCCAUAUGCAGCUGAUUCAUUACUACUGGUGAGUUCUAGUAAGAAGCAGCAGUUAGUCCUGCUCUGGAUCUGCCCACUUCUCUCUCCUGAAUGACUCUUUAUGUAACUUCUUUUGGCUUUUCUUACCUUGAUGCUGUUAGAUUUUGGCCAGCCUGCUAUGUGUGAAUAUUAAUCUGCCUCUGUUUUUGUACAGAGAUAGAGAUCCAUAUAUUUCUCAGUAACCUUAUACAUGUUUAUCUGUGUAGUGGAUGUUCAUUCUCACGUAUUUUUUGACCUUCAUUUUAUCCCAGUCUGCUGGUUCAUGUUGAACUGAGUCACUGUAAAACGAGGCAUCUCCCCAGCCCCCUAGUGGGCAUAUGGCCUCAGCAUCCCAUCUAGGAUCUCCAGCAUCAUGAUGCCAGCUCACACUGUGCAGCGUGGUAUUUUUACCCUGUUAGGACAGCUGGUUUUGGAAUGGCAAGGAAAAGAGUUACUUCAUGCCAGAAACAGAGCACUGAUACUGAAAGCAGACUAUACUUUUGGGAAAACAGUAUAGUGCAGUAUAGCCUUAGCCAAGAAAACAUUUGGCCACUUUGUUCUCAUUUCAGGGUACUAGAUGCAGUCAGCUCAGAGAACAAAGUAAGCAAAAUCCUUAUUUAAACCCCUGAACUAUUAAUAAUAAUUUUUUUUCAACUCUGAGCUUGUUGAUUUCUGCAUGCUUUAUCUGCCCUGUGCUUACAGGGCAAACAUCUACCCUGAACUCUGGAAGGAAAGGCACAUUACAGACAUAUCACCAAGGUCUUCUUAGCUAGAAGAGAGAUUACUUGAGCCAUAAGCUGGUAGAAACACUUCAAUGGUAAUUUUGAUUAAUUACUGGAAGCUGAAUGUGAACUAGUUUAAGAGAGAGGAACUUCGGGGGAGUAUAUCUAUAGCGAGGCCCCCACACUUUAAUAUGCUUUAUUUCCAGGAACCCCACGAGGGCUUGACUGUGGAGAGCUGACACGGAUCUCCUUUUGGCUCUGAUAGGAAGAGGCAAAGAGUAAUCAUUGUGAAAUACACCCAGAGUUUUCUCCUUAGCAAAGGCCUACUGUUGAGGAAAAAGAUUGCCAAAGCCUUUCGCUAGCUAGGAGAAGGGGAUUCUUCCCACUCCAGCCCCCCUUCAGCCUUCCUAUAUCACCUAAGGGGAAGAAAAAUAUAGUUAACAGGGUGAAGGUUUCAUAGAAAGAGAUAGUGAAUGCUACAGCCCGUGAAGUUAAUAAUGGAAAAAGGGGGAAAAGGUGUUUCCCUGUAGAAGGGUCAGGGACACUUGGAAAGUCAGUCUGAGACACAGGUAAACUAUUAGACUGAGAUUUAAUUGGUAGAUUAGGGAGCACUCUUCUUCUCCCACACCUUAACCACUAUACCAACAGGAAUUCUAUAUAAUGCCUGUGAAUUUUACCCGUAAGAUAACAGACUGUCUCUGAUUAGUAGUAAUUAGGGAAGCCCAAUGUCAAGAAGAGACAAAGAUAGGGGCACUAGAAGAAUUUGAAGCCCCUGAUAUCUAUAGUUACAACAAAACUUAUACCUCCCAGCUCAUAGCCAUAAAUCUUCACACUACAGGCCUAUGUACCUCAGUUCCUGUUACCUGAUACAACUUGUCUGGCCUUCAGCAAAACAUUACAAAACAUGCCAAAGGCAAGAAAAAUAGUUUGAAGAGACAAAGCAAUCAUUAGAAGCAGACACAGGUAUGACACAAAUGUUGGAAUUAUCAGAGAAUUAAAAGUAACUAUGGUUAAUAUGUUAAGGAUGCUACUGGAAAAAAUAGAUGGCAUGCAAGACCAGGUGGGUAAUAUAAACAGAAAGAUGGAAACUAAGAAAGAAAGGAAAUACUGCAAAUAAAAAAUACAGCAAUAGAAAUGAACACCUUUAAUGAGCCUAUCAGUACACUUGAGACUGCCAAAGGAAGAAUCAGUGAAGUUGAAUACAGGCCAAUACCAUGUUUUUAUGAAGAUAAUGUGCGCCUUCUACAUUUGUUUGCCGACUACUACCCACCACGAGGUAUUUUUGUAAGUGUGCUAUGCUAAUUUUUUUACAGCAGCAUGUAAAAAAUUAGCAUAGCAGCACUGUCUUAGUUGUCUAAUGCUGCUAUAACAGAAAUACCACAGGUGAAUGGCUUUAAGAAAGUGAAAUUUAUUCUCUCACAGUCUGCUAGGCUACAAGUCCAAAUUUCAGGGCAUCAGCUCCAGGGGAAGGCUUUCUCUGUUGGCUCUGGAGGGAAGAUCCUUCUCGUCAGUCUUCCCCUGGAGUAGGAGCUUCUCUGUGCAGGAACCCUGAGUCUAAAGGACAUGCUCUGCUCCCAGUGCUUCUUUUGUGGUGGUAUAAGAUCCCCACUCUAUGCUUGUUUCCCUUUCUGUUUGAUCCUUGAGAGAGAAAAGUUGGUGCAGACCACACCCCAGGGAAACCCCCUUUACAUUGGGUCAGGAAUAUGACCUGGGUAAGGGGGUCACAGAUGCACCCUAAUCCUCUGUAACCAGAGAGUAUGAUCUGUAACACAUAGGAAAAUCACAAAACGGAAGACAGCCACACAUGGCCUAGCCAAGUUGACACAUACUUUGGGGGGACACGAUUCAAUCUAUUACAGGCACUUGUGGAAAUAUCUCACAGGGGAAGGGAGCGCUUGGCAAACAAACGUAGAAGGCACGUAUCAUUUGCUUUAAAAUACUGUAAAAGUUUCUGAAACUAAAAUGACAACAGAAAAAAAGAAAACAAACUCUAUGUACUAAAACGAACAGUAUCAAAAGGUGUAAUAUACACAUAAUUGCAAUACUAGGAAGAGAACAAGAAUAAAACGGAAGAAAGAUUUGAAGUAAUGGCUGAGGACAUUUUUAAAUUAAUGACAGACACCAAAUCAAUGAUACAAGAGUCUCGGGGACAUGAAGCAGGAUAAAUGCCAAAUAAAACCAAAUCUAGGCAUAUAUUCGAACUGCAGAAACCCAAUGACAGAAAAUCUUCAAAGAAGCUAAAGGAAAAACACACCUUCCCUAUAGAGGAAAAAGGAUAAGAAUUACUGCCAACUUCUUGUCAGGAAUCAUGCAAGCAAGAAGAGAGCGGAGUGAAAUUAGGUGUUGAAAGACAAAAACCACGAAACCUUAAAUUCUCUAUCCCCCCCCCCAGAAAAAAAUCUUUUAAAGUAAAGGAGAAAUAAAGACUUUAUUUGACAAAUAAACCUGAAAGAAUUCAUUAUGUAUAGACUUGUUUUGAGUAAAUGUUAAAAGAAGUUCUUUAGGCAAAAAGAACAUGGUAAAGGUCAGAAACAUGUAUCUAAGUAAAGAAAGUGUAAGGGAAGGAAUAAAUGAAGGUAAAAUAAAAUGCUUUACUUUUCUUAAUCUAAGAGAUAACUGAUUAAACCAAUAAUAGUAACAAUGUAUUGGGUAAUUGUAGCAUAGAAGUGAAGUGAAUUACAGCAGCGUCACAAGGAAUGGGAUGGAAGACUUAGACAUCCUCUGUUGUAAGGUACCAGCACUACACGUAAGGUGAUACAGUGUUAUUUGAAGGCGGAUUUACAUUUGUUAGAAAUGUAUAUUGUGAAAUAUGGGGUAAUGAUUUAAAAUUUCCAUGAAUAUAAUUAAUGUGCUUAAACAAAUAAAAAUGAAUCAUAAAAAGAUCAAUUAAAACCAAAGAAGGCAGAAAAUGAAUGGGAAAUGAAGAACAAAUGCAAUGAGUAGAAAAGAGCUACAAACAUGGCAGACAUCUCUCUGUAUAAAUCAUCACUUUAUAUGUGAACGGUCUAAAAAAUGAUACUGUAACUGUGUUGCACACACAGAAUGCCUCAAAGUUCUAAGCAACAACAAGAUGCUAGAAUGAGGAUUCCACCCAGUGGCAAUGGCCACUGUAAGGGUGCUGUGUCCAUCUAAUCUGAUCAAGCAGUACUUAGGAGACAGUCACUAUGUUGGCAAAUUGAAAGCCUUUUUAAUUACCCACAGACAGCCAUUAGCAUAUGACAGCAAUAGUUCCACGAUGAGUGGUCCCCUGGCUCAAAGCUGUACUGGUGGGGAGGGAAAACUUCUCUACGCAUGCCCCCACACUAAACACUGUAGUCAGGAGACCCAAGGAAGAGUUUUACAAUGAAUUGGUCCCCUUGUCUUCUGGAAACUGCCCCUGUAGAGACGUGCCUCCACUUUGCAUUGUAGGUGAGGAACUCUAAGGGCCUUCCUUAAUCCAAUCUGCCCUGGCUGGGUAGGCUAGCUCUGUGAGAUGGAGAGGUCUGCUAUGUGUGCACCAACCUGGUGCCAGAGGUACUCUGAAGUCCCUCCCCCCAGCUAUUUUUAUACGUCAACAUCAGUGUCAACUCGUUAAACGGAAUGCAAUAUAGAUUUUCCAGGCUGAGCACCCGAGGUGGGGGGUAUGGUCAGACACUUUGGCACCAGCCUGGAAUGGUAUCUCUGACUCUGCUGAAAAAGAGCAGGCUCAGAAUGGGGGUGCAGUGGUUUGUCCCGAGCCCUAAAGAUGCUAACUGGGUGAGAAACAGGGAAGACAUACCCACCAGCCAUGGCUGCCAGGCUUGUCAGAAGGACUGCCUCCUUACAAACUAUUCCAUAUAUUCGGGAAGGUAGAGAAAGCCUAGGUAGGAUAAAGAGAGACAUGGAAGCUGUAAAAUACUAAAAUACCAAAAUCAGACUUAUAGACAUGAAAAUACAGUAUCUGAUAAGAAAAAUGGAAACCCUGGUGGUAUAGUGGUCAAGAGCUACGGCUGCUAACCAAAAAGUCGGCAGUUCAAAUUCACCAGCAGCUAUUUGGAAACUCUAUGGGGCAGUUCUCUGUCCUAUAGGGUCACUACGAGUCGGAAUGAACUCGAUGGCAGUGGAUGGUGGGAUAAGAAAAAUACACUGGAUGAGUCCACCUCUCAGCUCUUACCUGUUCUCAUUAAGCAUGGUUAAUUUUAUAAGCCCACUACCCUCCUUGGAUAUUGCGGCAGAGGGUGGAUAACAACCCAAAUGAAAAGGGUGUGUGUACAACACCUGGACACUGUAUUUGUAACUACCACAAGCUGGGUUAUCAGACAUUCCUGUAUUAUUGACUUCAGCCAGGAUCUCCUUUCAGCGGGUAACCAAGUAUUUAACAGGUCAAACACAGAAGAGCCAAGUGGGUUCCCUGUCUAUAGCCAGUGAACUUGCUUUUGUAUCUAAACAUGUAAGCCAAACAUUUAAGGGCCCAGUCUAGCCAGAGUUCAGGCUGGAUAUAAUUGUAUAAAUCUUGGCAACAGUUAACAACAUAGGUGGCUCCAUUUGGUCCAGGCACUUCCCACAGUCGAAUCACCAUUACGAUACUGGGUUCUGCCUCUUGACAGCGGUGAAGUUGUGAACUGUGACUUUUAGGACCAGAAGUGCCAAAGGAUCACUUGAUUCAGAGGUGGAGUGGGGUUCUGGAUGGCAGAUCCAACAGUUUGUGAGAUUUCCUGCUGGGCCUUGUCUUGCCAGGCUACUGUCCCGCCUUUGUCAAACUCAUAGAAUCAUGAAUGGCCCUCCUCAACCCCUACCCCUCAGUUGUCAUGGGGAAGGAGCAGCUCCCUCACUAUCUAGGGAGAAAUGUUUUUUGUUUUUGGUCUAUGGCCACCCAGUCUGACGUUUUCUCAUUACCGCUGCCUCCCCCUUUUCUCUCCUGUCUGUGGUGUGUACCCACACCUUUUUGCCAUUUUCCUCCAUAGAGAGUUCAGUGGAAACAACUGAAACACCUCUCAGGUACCCUAAGAUAUGGCCCAUAUAAACAGGGGGCCCAUAAACAGGCAUCUUGAAAACUCCUCAGUGGAGUCUCUUGGCCCAGAAGGCCCUGCACACUAGACUAGGUACUCAAAAGAAGUCAAGACUUUGAUGUCUUAUUGAUGUCAUCUUCAUCACGUCCCAGGGCCUUCAGUCAAGCAUCAUUUACCACCUUAUUCCAUGGGUGCUCAGUCCUGCAAGGCCCUUUGCUAUGGGCAUCGACAUAGGUGACAAACAAGUCAGACCGCUCAUCAGCUUGACCCAGGUGUCGACAUCCUACACCUGGGAGUGUUUAAUUGUCCGAGAGUCUUCUCCAGGCUCCAGACCUCAGAGCCAGUCCAUUGGUGGCUGCCCAUGAGUCAGUACCAAUUAAGUGUAAUAAACACUUACUCUGUUAAAGUAAAGCAAGGAGAUGUACUGCAGGUUCAUUCACAGUGUGGACUGGUGAAAACGUCUAAUUUUAAAGAAGAAAUGCUUCCAAAAUGGUGAAGCUGCAGAGGCCUUUUAAGGGAUGAGAACAAUGGACUUGAGCUGUGCUAUUUGGAGUGGACAUUACCAACUUAGAUUAAUACAAGGCAGGUUAGUGGAAGUAGCGCUAGGAGGUGGAAGGUUAGAGGACAUUUCUGUCUUAGAAACAGCUUGCUCAAGUGAAAUUUUUUGUCAGCAGUUGCCUAGGAGACCUAGAUAAGCGUCAACAUCAAGGUCUUCUUCCUGAGACAUUGUUUCAGGAAGGGACUUGAUAGCUCCUGCAAAACUAUACAUAAUCAAAGGAAGGCAAGAUGGAGUAGGGCCCCAAACUCUAAAGCAGCCAUUUUACUUGAGUCAAGCGCUUCAGUUUACUUGCUCUUACUCAGUAUAAAUGCACGCCGGCCCAUCGGAGGUCUGGACCACUGCAAGCCAUACCACACAGAGCUCAGUCCAUUGGGCGUCGUGCCCACAUCCACCAUCAGUUACCACAACUCCAUUGCCAAGGCUGAUGACAGCUGCUGAUCUUCUCACAUGCCCUGGUUUUAGCACAGCUGAACUGUCUGUGAACCAACGAGUGCCACGUGGCACGUCUUUAAGCUGCAGUCCUCAUUGUGCACUGGGGGCUGGCAGGUUAUCUGGAGCUGGUUGGCAAUACAGCCCCUUGUUUCUGUAGGCAGUUGACUCACCUAGGCCAAUGUAAAAACGAAGGAAUCUAGUGGGGAUCCUCCCUUGUCCCCCCUCUUUUUGGAUAUGAGCACACAUCAUGAAGAUGUGCAACCCCGUGGCCGUAGAACUGAUUUGCUAGGAGGGAGUAGAACUGCCCCAUAGGGUUUCCACAGCUAUAAUCUUUAUGGAAGCAGACUGCAACAUCUGGUGGGUUCAAAUCACUGACCUUUUGGUUUGCAGCCGAGCGCUUUAACCACUACGUCACCAGGGCUCCUGGAAGAUGUGCAAGCCGGCCCUUAAUGCCUAUAUUUCCCCCUGUUUUAGACAGCCAGUAUUUUAGUUGCCCAUUUUCUCUGGGAAUAAAGCCAUGGCCUCUAGUCUGAAGAAUUAUGCAGGAUCUUAUGUUUUGGCUUCUUUGCAAAACUCUCAGCAUCCGCAUCCUUAAGCAAAGUUCAGUUCAAAGUAAGUGUAGCCUCCAUGUCUACCAGCAUCAAGGCCUUCUCCCUGGGGAACGUGCCUGCGUAGUCUCUGGAAUCUGUCUCCUCUUGGCAUGCAGCACAGUUUUUACUGGCCUUUUAUGCCUCAGAUGAGGCAAGAGGACUAUGCCAAGGUUUAGCCCAUCUCCGCACUACUGCUCCUGUCCCUCCUCUGUUCAUCUCAUGGACCCACCUGGUCUCCACAAGCAAGUAUACAUUUGCUUGCAGCCACAGCCAGCUUCCAGUCCUGGAAAAGGGGUUCUUCUCAUGGGCACUGCCAUGCCAUGCCACAGUGGACCCUCUGAUUUUCACAGGGCUGUGUCCCACGUAGGCAUUCCCUUAAUAGGCCAGGUUUUCAUCGCCUUUUUUUCCUGACUCUACAGCCAGGCCAGUGGUCGCUGCUCAUGAGAAGGGAGGCGGGGGGACCUCAACACAGGCUGGCAAAC